AUGGGACUCAAGAGAAAGCCCCCGACCACCCUACUCGAACUCCUCGAGGGUCAACCAGGGAAGGGUGUGCAGGGAACGCCACAACCCAAUGCUCCUUCCCCACCACCUCCGCCCCAGGCUAUCCAGACUAGAUCAUCCUCCUCCAAGUCACAGCCACAAUCCCCUCGUCCCAAACUUCCUGCUUCUCUCCCACUAGCUCUGCCUCCUCGGUCGGAGAGCACUGAUUCAAAGAGGAAAAGGAGUCCCAAGGGUAAGGAAGCCGUGGAUAGGGGAAAGUCCCAACCUUCUAAGGAGAGGGAUGAAGCCCCACGUGUGAAGCAAUUAAAAAUUGGGCCCCAAAGCAAGGGUAAGGAGACUGAAGUACAACCUUCCCAGGGCAAGGGAAAGGGUAUCGAGGCCCAAUUCUCGCCAAGCGCCUGA